AUGAACAAAGGCGAUCGCUCUGCGGAAGUAGCACUGGCUAGCGGCUUCUAUAAGUCCAACCUUUUCAAGUUGCAAUUGGACGAACUGCUUGCGGAUUUGAGACCGAAUUAUGACAAGCAAGUCUCAAGGCUUCAAGACACUCUUCAUAAACUGAAGGAAAUCAUUGAAAAUAUCCCCGAAAGGCCCGCGAACGCUCCCCUGGACGCAGAAAAAGAGUUGCGCAACACUCAUGGCGUUAUCGUUCCCUACCCCCAGCCUCGCCCUGGCAGAGAUACGAAAUACUCGGUUUCAUAUUUCAGGCCAGUUAAUGUCAACGUUGUCGGAAGUUUUGCUCUGAGGACCGGCGUGAAAUCGGCAGGGCCUUUGACAGUCGACCUCGCGGUGACUAUGCCGAAACAACUUUUCCAGGAAAAAGAUUAUACCAAUUAUAGGUUCUUCCAAAAGAGGGCCUACUACAUUGCUUGUCUUGCAGCUGGUAUCAAGGAAACAAAAGGUGUUGGCCUCGACAUCAAAUUUGAUCUACAAGAUGGCGAUAGUCUUCGCCCUGUGAUCAUACUUACGCCUGCGGAGACACCCAAAGAUACGAAAUCUUCAAAGCCACAAAUUCGCAUCAUCACGGCAGUUGAAGAUACAUUGUUCCCUAUCUCCCGAACUUUACCGAUGAAGAACAACAUUCGACAAGGGGCAUCGGAAACGGCGGAGCAAAAAGAACCCACGCCAUUCUACAAUGCAGCCCUCCGCUCAGAGGCUACCGUGGCACAGUUUCAUAAGGGGCUAUAUUCGGCUGCUCGGAACUGUGAAUCUUUCAGAGACGGUUGUAUCCUUGGCCGAACUUGGCUCCAGCAACGUGGAUUCGGUUCCUCGCUUCAGGCUGGUGGAUUUGGCGGAUUUGAGUGGACAGCGCUCAUGUCUAUCUUGUUUGAAGGCGGGGGUCCCAAUGGCAAGCCAGUCCUUCUCAAAUCCUACAGCAGCUAUCAACUUUUCAAAGCGACUAUCCAAUUCAUUGCGGGGAGAGACCUGACAAAACCCCUACUGCUAUUUUGCCAAGAUCUUCAAACCCCUGGCGACGGACCUGUGCUGUACGAUGGUGCGAAGGGUCUGAAUGUGCUCUACAAGAUGACACCGUGGUCGUAUGAAUUUCUUCGCCGCGAAGCUGGAAACACCUUGAAGAUGCUGAACGAAUCCCGUGAUGACAAUUUUGAGAAAGUUUUCAUCUUUAAGGUCAAUGAGCCUUUGUUCAGGUUCGACCGAAUUGCCACUCUCCCAUUGGCCAAUAGCAACAAUGCUUUACAAGCACUGCACAACCAUCGUGCGAUCUACGAGGUGCUGAAAAGGGCUUUCAAUGAUCGAGCGGAUCUCAUCUAUCUUUUUGGCAGCAGUGUCGAGCCAUGGUCUGUCGAAGCGAAAGCUUCCCGGAAAGCGGCAGGCGCCAGCCUUCAUGUUGGGUUAUUAUUGAAUGCCGAUAAUGCUGCACGUGUUGUAGAUCAUGGCCCAUUCGCAGAAGAAAAAGAAGAGGCAGCCUCGUUCCGGUCCUUCUGGGGCGAAAAGGCCGAGUUGAGACGUUUCAAGGACGGUAGCAUUAGGGAAAGUUUGGUGUGGUCCGACCAACCGUCGUCAUCUUCCAUAGUGCACCAGAUCCUGACAUACAUUCUACAACGUCAUUUCGAUUGUCUCGAGAGUGAGUUAACGUACAUUGGCGAUGAAUAUGAUGAAAAGCUUCGCAACAAAGGCGAUGGAGUACUGCUGUAUUCCAGUCCACCUUUCCAAACCAUUGCCGAUGCUUUUAGUUCCCUGGAGAAAUCUAUUCAAAGCAUGGAUGAAGUCCCCUUGACUGUGAGGCAUCUAGCCCCAGCCAGUCCCUUUCUGCGAUACACAGCUCUUCGUGCCCAGGCUGUUUCCGGUGCACGACAAGAGGCGGUGGAUGUUGUUCUCCAGUUCGAGAGCUCUACCCGCUGGCCGGACGACCUGGUGGCAAUUCAAAUGACAAAAAUGGCCUUUCUCGUCAGGAUCGGAGACUGUCUCUCGUCAUCUGGGACUGCUUCAUCAUGCAGGGUGGGACUGGAGAACGAAUCAAGUCCAAUUUUGAACAGUGCUUUCCUAGAAAUUGUUCACGAAUCUGGGGUCACAUUCCACUUACGGAUCCAUCACGACCGGGAACAGACCCUAUUAGAACGUCAGCUAAAGGAGAAAGGCCCUCGCUCACAGGCAAAACAGGAAAUUGCCUACGCGUUGUCAGAGUAUAAGCGUCAAUUCAUCCACUCCCCUCGUCUAACGCAGGCCAUCCGUACUCUAUGCACCCGCUUUCCUCUAUUAUCGCCGACUGUUCGUCUCCUGAAACACUGGUUCGAUUGCCAUCUUUUUGCAGGUCACAUCAGCGAAGAGCUCAUUGAGUUGUUGGCUGUGCGAGUAUUUACACAACCGUUUCCCUGGGAGACUCCGUCCAGUAUUAUGGUUGGGUUUUUGAGAACCCUUCAUUUGAUUUCUCGCUGGGACUGGCAACAGGAGCCUCUCAUGGUCGAUCUGAGCGGAGGGCUAGACAACGAGACCAUGGAAACGAUUCGCACUCGCUUUGCUGCCUGGCGCAAUGUCGACCCGGCGAUGAACUCCGUUGUACUAUUCGUGGCUUCUGAUGUUGACACGGAGGGUGUAACUUGGACUCAGCACGAAAUGCCCCCCAAAGUCGUGGCUGCUCGGAUGUCCACCUUGGCCAAAGCGGCCGUGAAGCUGGUGCGGGAGAAAUCAUAUGCUCUUAACAUAUUUGAUAUUUUCCACACCUCCCUUGCGCCAUAUGAUUUUAUUCUCAAUCUUCGGCCGGGGGUCUCGGAUGGUGGUUCGGCUCCGUCGAAGUAUAAGAAUCUACAAGAGAAAGACGCUACCCGUGGCAGCCGGAGGGCUGGUGCAGUGAGAUCCCUCGUACGCGAUCUGCAAUCCUGCUACAGCCCUCAUCUGCACUUCUUUUACGGAGGCGAGCAAGGCGAUGUGAUUGCCGGGAUUUGGAAUCCGCAAACCUUGAAACCCAAAACCUGGAACCUGAAGAUGGCAUAUUCCACAUCCCCGAGCGUGUCGGAUGGCUCCGAGCAACUGGGUGACGAGGUUGUUGUGAUCAAUCGUGCUGCUAUCUUAAACGAGAUUUCCCGCCUGGGCACCCUCUUGGUGGACAGCAUCGAGACAGGGCAACAUUUGGGUUAA